ACUAAUGCAUCUUAUCUCACGUUUCACCAAUGAGAGAUGGUGCUUUUUCUCUUAACGAAUCACAUAGGAGGGCGGGCGUCAAUCCGUUUAUACCUCUCUACUAUUGGCUUUAACAAAACAGUGUAGGAGGAACAGAGUGCAUGUCACGCUGAAAAAUGAAUAUUCAACAACAAUGCUCUUUAUUCGUCGGUCUACCUAUUAAUAUUGAACAAUAUAGACGGUUUCACCAAUAGCCACAAAGAAAUGGUUUUAAUUUGCAUAAUUCUGACCAAACCCUUCCCCUUUCCGAUGUUUGUCGAGUUCGGCCGAUCCGGAUUUCUUCCCUCUGAGCAAAAAUAAAAAAAAUCUCUGUUGUGUCGUUCGUCUCGCUCUGGAUCAGCCUGGGCUCUUAGAAAAGUGGCUGAGGAUCUGAGGCCUGUAAACGAGCCGCUAUGUAACUGGAAGAUACGUUGAAAUACACGACAGUUUCUCACCCAAAACAACAUAGAAUGGAGUUUUUUCGAAGUCUUUUGAGGAGCAUAGCAACGAAAGAUUUUUUCCUUCUGUGGAUUUUUACAUCGGCGGGACUUUGUUAGAAGCCUCGGAUUUGCCCCGACGCUGCGGCCGAGCAAAGGGCCUGGGUUUUCCGUACAACCCAUAGGAAAGUGUGGGAGAAGCCUUGAAUGUUGGUUUUUUGCAUAUUUGUGUGUAUUUUGAACGCCCUUUCAAAUAUAUAUGCCGUGUUUAAUUUUUUUGUUGAAAGGAAUAGUCUGCAUGCUCAAACGUUCUCAUUUUCUUUGUUAAUUGUGGUAGUUUUGUUAAGGCCAUAUUUGAAAGGCAGCCCAAAAUCCCUUCGUUUUGGCGGCCAAGCAGCGUUUGUUCGCUCUUUAGUUUUUGAUCUGUAUAUUUUAAUAAGCACUUUGUUAAAUAAUGGCAUGUAAUCGACAAAGCGAAUUUAAUUUUUUUUAAUCUACAUAAACGGGUUCGUAUGUCGCAUCUUUAUAAUCCAUUAUCUAUUUAGGUAGCUUAAUGUAUUGUUACCAUAUAUCGACGGUAUGUUUCAGACUCUUUGUGUCGGCUUUAUAUUUUUACAGCAAAUCAAUGUAUGCUAAUUAUAAACUCUUUUCAAAUAAACUCUUAAUGUAUGUGUUGUUCCAUGGCACAACCUUUUAAGGGCUAACCAGCUAGCUGCGUACUAGUUAAUCAUUGGCUAAGUAAAUACUUGUUCUUCCGAGCCAACUUUUAUCAACUCUUUAAUAUAAUUUCAUACGUGUGUAUGUUGUUAUUGGUGGCAUUGGAAUCAAAAUGUUAGUAAAUAAAUGUUAAUAAAGCUAGCCAAACGCCGCUUCUUCAUUAGCUCCCAACAUGGCGGCGAUUGGUUAUUCUUGUAAUAAGAAAGAUGUAGGUGGUUGUAUAUUUUUUGACGUCGCUGUAGGUAGGUUAAUUGAGCUUUAAAACUUAAAAAAAGAGUUUAUAAAUCACGAGCAACUAGAUUUUUCUUGAUUAUUGUUAUGUUUCUGUUGAAAUAUCGAAGUCGUCUCUUUGUUUAAGUGUCUAGACUUCUGGUCGAUGUCGAAAGUUGAAGCCAUUUUGCAACGUACUAGUCUAACAACCAGUCUGUUACUGUAAUAAACACUCGUUAAGCUUUAUUCCGUCCUUUUAAAAACGUUUUAAAUUUCUUAAUACGUGUUUUUCAAUGUGGACUAAACCUUUUAACAAGUCGGGCGUUAUGUAUCUGUUGAAUUAUGCUGUUUACACUCAGCUAUGUGUCAUGAUUACGUCUGGUUGUUGUAACUUUAUACCGUUUAAACUUUUUAAAAUAAAAUCUGUAUCAGUGUCAUGUUCAGACACCUUUCUUACCGUUCCCGUAAUAAAUACAAAUUUUGUGUAUGAAUUAACAUUUUUAGGAAGAGUAAUCAAGGAAAUGAAAACUGAAGCCAAAGCUAGACACAAUGGUUGAACCAGUUCACAAUAUCAUUUCACUCUGGUUACAUAACCUGUAACUUGAUGUUGCUCCUGAAGUGGCGAAAAAGCUGUAACUUUUUUUCACUUUUUGUAACUUUGAUUGUUUAAAUAAAGGUAUUGAACUAAACAGUUGACUCUCUGUCACCAGUUGACUGUCACCAGUUCUUAAAAACACAGCAUAUUGUGUUCAAACGUUUUGACUGGAAUUGCUCAGUAGUUAUGUGUUGCAGCCAUGAACAAGCCUUGCAUUUGUCGUCAUCUCUUUUUUGCAGGUCUAGCAGAAAAUAUCGCCAUUCUAGCCGUGAUUUAUUCAAGGUGAGAGGAUACAUCUACUGUACCCUUUUGCUGUGAGAAAACACAUUUUCAAUUGCAUUAGUAAAGGGGUAACAACAUGCAUGUGUGGUUGGAUAAUGCUCAGAGAAAUGUGACAGUGGAAUACUUUGUUCACCAUGUGCCAUGCAAUACCAUGACCGUACAGAGAACUCAUUAUCGAGGAGCUUGGCUCCCUCCUCUGGUAGAAACAAGAACAAUCAGCAUUUGCAAGCUGCGUGGUGCAGAAGCGGCUCCCACCAUUAUUUCACGUCUACACUUCAGAAAGACAUUGGGGGCUGGUCAUGGUGUCCAGUGAAAAGGUAUGGGACCCCCUCCAUGUGGGAGUUUUUCAAUCACCUCUGAAAGAGCAGCACCUGACUUCUCGGCAAUCUCCCUUUUGCACACUCACAUGCACUGCAACUAAGGACCCCACGUGCCGCCACAGUUGGCGGUCGAUACCAUUGUCUUCCCCACCACUGUCUUUAACCUCACAUCUGCCCGUGAAUUUGUACAGUUCAAAAGAAGUUGAAGAACGACACAAACCUGUCUGGCGUGGUUCACUGACCACUGAGCCUGACAAGGAAGAGGAAGAGAAAUCUGAGCUGUUAGAAAUGAAGGUUAAAAGGCAUGGAAGUCGGGUAGACGUCCUGACGGAAGACAGGCUGGAGGCCAUGGAAGAUGGACCUAAAAAUGCGAAAAUCACACUAAGUUUCCCACUUAGUGCAGCACCCCUUCCAGUCUCUGUGACAUCUCCAAACCAUUGUAGGAGUUCCUCUUCAUCAUCUUCCCCUUCUCCCCACAGACGGCGUCCGUCCUCUAAAAGCUCAGAUGAAGGGUCACUGUGGAAACUGGACGCUACAAUGGAUGUAAAGCACAGACCUUUUAAGCCUCAAAGACACGACAGCUCUCCAUCCUCUUCACCUUCCUCCUCCUCAUCUCCCAUGACUGUUCAUGCACUUACUAGAAAGGAUAUUAAAUCUCCACCUCCCCUGAAGUGCUCCAAACUCAGUCCAGAGACUCACUUUCAGAGGUCACCCCCAAGAUCUUCCACUGGGUCUUUAGGGGGUUGUUAUGGCGUGGACAGAUGGGAUGACAGGCACAGGGUUACCAAUGGUACAGCUUCACCCUCUCAGACGGCACAGAUACUCUUCAGUCUGGGUACAUCAGCCUAUCAGAAAAGUGAGGAUGCAGAGAGAAGAGAGAAAAUGGGCAGACCAGCAGGAAAAGUGGGAAGCCCUCACAUCCCAAGCCUUCACCCACCUACUCUUCACCUUCCUCCCCCCUUACCACCACCUCCUCCUCCCCCAUCUGAGGGCCUUACUGCACCCCCACACUCAUCUUCUUAUCCUCCGUCUGACAGCCUGAAGCCCGAGCUGAUUUGUGGCGUGUGCCAUCGCCUCUUCAGCUCGGCCUCCUCCCUCACAGUCCACAUGAGACUCCAUCGUGGCAGCCGUGCUCUCAGUUGCCGUUAUUGUGGCAAAGUCUUCAUCCACAGUAAGAGACUCCAGUCCCAUGAGGCCUCCUGCAAAGUGUCAGGCCAACCUUCCAGCAGCCUUGGUCCUCCUUCUCUCUCUGUGCAGCCAAAGGAGGAGCCACUGGAGGAAGGUGAGGUGAGAGUAGAGGGGGGGAUGAUUGUUGGAGACUCAGUCAUGAGUAAGGUGCGGCCUGGAAAGAAAGCACGAAGCCUCCUGGCACGUAUCCAAGGUGAUGAUGCAGCAGCCACAGAGUUGCUGGCAGGAGACGAACAGCAUUUUGUGAAGGUGGUAGACGGCAAUGUCAUUUACUUCUGCUCUGUGUGUGAACGAUCCUACAUGACCCUAUCCAGCCUAAAGCGUCACUCAAAUGUCCACUCAUGGCGACGCAAAUAUCCAUGCCAUUAUUGUGACAAAGUUUUUGCCCUGGCUGAAUACCGCACCAAGCAUGAGGUGUGGCACACAGGGGAACGACGUUACCAGUGCAUCUUCUGCUGGGAUGCCUUUGCCACCUACUACAAUCUCAAAACACAUCAGAAAACAAUCCAUGGCAUAAAUCCCAGCCUCAUCUCCAGUGAAAAAACAGCCAACGGCGGCUAUAAGCAGAAAGCAAAUGCCCUAAAACUCUACCGUCUUCUCCCUAUGCGUUCCCAAAAAAGACCCUACAGGACGUACAGUGACAGUCUACACAAUGGCCUCCUACUGUCAUCAGCUGAAACACCGCCUUUGUCUCUGCCUGGCCUAGGAUGUGGUCUGGGUCCUGGGGAUAUACAAAACUUCAUCAGCGGAGCCCACUCACAGAGUGUUAAACCUGACCCAGAUGCUUUCCCAGAUGACUUUUCUGUUUCUGUGUCUGCAGAACAUGGGGACCAGUCCAGACACUCUCCCUUCCUCCUCAUUCCCCAGGCUGGAACACAAGACAGAGAAGACCUACACUCAGAGCACAGUAGUGGCAGUGGCAGUUUUAAAAUAUCAAGCAGCAACAAAACAAAAUCCCACAAGACAUGUAAAGGCACAGACGCCAGCAUGCCUUCUGUAAUCACAUAUGGACAUACGAAACCCUCUGUGAUAGUUCAUGGAACAGCAGUUUCGUCCUCUGUCAUCGUGCACAGCAACCAGCUUUUAGCUGAAAGUGAAAAAAGCCUGAUAAGCAGCGCAUCCCCAGAAAAUACUAACAUUCAGACUUUACAGAAGGGCAGCCCAAGGCCAAUAAAGAAGAAAAGAGACAGUUCAGACAGUUCAGAUAACCACAGGAAGAGAUCUAGAGACAGUUCAAAUAACACAGAACAGAGUUUGAAAAGUGCACGUGAGCAAGAGACAGGCAGAUUAUUACACAAAUCAAGGAGGUCCCACAGUAAGAAUGAUGAAACCAGCUCAAAGAAUGUGCCAGCAACUGUAGGGACACAGGGUAAAGAGGCCGGGCCACUGUGCCAGAUCACUGUACGUAUUGGUGAAGAAGCCAUAGUAAAGCGUAGCAUUUCUGAGACAGACCUGAGGAGAGACAAGGGCCCUCCUACACAGAAAACCAAACGAAUUGAAACCUUAGCUGCAAGGGAAACAGGUGGACCACACCAGUAUCACUCCCAUCACCAUAAACACCGCCUACACCACAGAACCAGAGAGGAACCAGAGCGAGAUCAGGACGAUGAUGGUGAAUAUGAUGACAAUUUAAGAGAAAAGACAUCCAAAUCCCCUGAAAGAGUGAGGGAGUACUACUUCCGACGAGAGGUGCGUGAGCCUGAGAGCGACCAUGACAUGGAAGAUAAUUUGUGGCGUCCCUACUACUCCUACAAGCCCAAGAGAAAGGCCCAAGCACAUUUGCAGAGAAUCAAGAGUUGGCAGAGAAAACUGAAAUACAAACGCUCUCUCAGGCUGAAGAGGAGAGCAGAGAGGCUCAAGAAUCACCCUUAUAAAGAAAAUGAAAAGUCACUAGAUAGUGAAGAGGAACGGAACGAUGAUGAGCGCCAAAAAGAGUCGAAAAAUAGCAGAGGUAUGGAAGAUGAGGAAGAGAAAGGUUGUUCUUCUCCUUUGAAGGAGAACAGCAAAGACUCAGAAGAGGAGGUUAAGGCAGCCUGUGAUAAUGUUUCUGCCAGUCCUCUGCACUGUUCAGUGCCUCCUCUCUCUACCUCUGGGGCUCCUUUAGGAAUAAAGAGACGGCCCUGGACUAAUGGCAAUGCAGCAGAGUGUGGUACAUGUGGACGCUGGUUCUCAAGCUCUAGAAAGCGGGACAAACAUGAGCUGAGCCACCUGCUGGAGUUUGUAUGCCUCUUCUGUCGAGCCACUUUCCCCUCAAGGGAUAAGUUGGAAGACCACCAGAGGGUUCAGCAUCCCAAGCCGAGUGAUUCACCCUGUGUUCUCCCCAAAGUGGUGCUUAAAGAGCAAGUUGAUGUGCCAGAGGUUUCCAAGUACGAUGAAGAAAAGGGGGCACAAAUGGGUUUGUUGGGGAGUAAUUCUAGUCCAAGUCGCCUAAGCAGAAGAGCCAUAUCACGUCACACCUGUCCACAGUGUCAUAAGGUUUGCAAAACAUCUUCCGCACUCAUUCGUCAUGUCCGGCGCCAUGAGCUCAGCAGCUCUCCAGAACGAGAGACAGACGACAAAAAGUCAGAACCAAAAUCAACAGAGACGUUUAAUAACAUUGUUAGCAGAGACCUAGAGACUGAUAAAGCGCAGGUCUCCAGCUCUCUCUCAGUUUCAGUUAUCAGCUAUUCAACAGCUGAACCACCCAGCAGUACUGACUGUUUGGCACCACAACAGCACGAUCACCACCCCAGUGAACUGUCAGCUAAAACUCACAUGUCAGAAUCCAGAGACAAAGCUGAGUUAGAGGGGUCAACACAUCCAGCUCCAGAGACGGAGUUUGGUCCACAAUCAGCAGACAAUACAUUAGAAGGUCCAGUUAACCUCACACCCACUAAGCAUGAAUUCACACCUGCUACGCCCUCUGCUGUCCAGAGUGUGCUCGUCAUGAAUAACGCAGAAUGUCUGGACUACCGCACCCCCACCAGAAAGAACCUAGACAGCCAAAUCCACAGAAUACCCAGCCCUGUGCUUGUCAUGGCAUCCAACAACACCUCUCCAAAUGUGCCCAUGGCGUCACAGACCAGAAUAACCACUACUGUUGCUACUGUUUCCAUGACAACAGCUCCCUGCUCUGAGGAUGUAUUCAUGAAACGGGAUGGGGUCAUUAUAGACAGGGAAAGGCAGGGUGGGAGUUGUAUAUUUCAACACACAGGUUAUGAGGAACAACCUCUGGUCCAAGAUCUGAGUGUUCAGUCACAGUCCAGGAGUCCCUCCCCCGAACAAGCACAAGACCUGACAAUGUCCUCCAUACUAGCGAGAGAGAGGGAGUUAGAAAGACAGAGAGAGAAAGAGAGGGAGAUAGAAAGACAAAGAGAAAGACAGAAAGAAAAAGAGCUAGAAAGGGAGAGAGAGCGAGAGAUAGCCUUACAUUUAAGAAGACUCCCAGAAGAACAGCCUGCGCUGUUGGUCCCUAAAGAAGAGCCCUUAAGUCCUGUGUCAUCCCCCCAGCACAUCCCCAUUCAAACCACUAUAAAUGGACCCUGCUCACAUCGGCACACUCCCAAGUCCCCGUGUCGUUCCCCGACAGCUAUUGGACUAUUAGCUCCAUCCAAUCGUCAGGUUCACCAUCAUUCACAAGGACUGGACAGGCUUCCAUUGCCCACUGGAGCAGCUGGGGCCUGUGAUCGUCCCUCUGCCCAUGCACUGCUUUUGCCCCGAGCCCCUCAGCCACCUGAGCCGGAGCACCAGGACACUGUUUCCUCCAGAGAUUUACAGCAGAGGAACGCCAACACUGUGGGCUACACUUCCCAGGAUUAUCCUUUGCCCCUGAUUGUGCCGGACAGCUACCGCUCAGAUAAAAAGCAGGAAGAGAACCUGCUCAUGUCCUCCUAUUCUGCUGGAGCUCUUCCCUUUAGCCCAUUGGGAAAAGUAAUGGUUCCAAAUGGUGAGGACCUGGCCAAGUUACCCUUUUACCCAGACCCUUACCAGCUGCUGUAUGGGCCACAGCUGCUUGCCUACCCCUAUAACUUGGCAGCUCUUCCUGUGGCUCUGAAUAUGAUGGCACCUCCAGGGGACAAGGUAGAACCUCUGCCUUUCCUUCCAGCUAUCUUCAACUACGCAGCCACGGCUGGGCCUUACAUGGGUGCAGCCCCUCACCCUCUGGUGGCAAAUCCCAGCCUGUACAGCAGCAGCAGUGGUAGCAGCAAGAAGCAACGGGACAGCAGUAACGGCAGCAAACCAUAGGACAACUGAAGUACUAUGAGGAAUAUAUUCCAGAGGGGACGGCCUGGCCUGUUUUGGAUGAGUGGGCAGGGUGUGUGCUCACUGGGUCACUGACUGCACUCACACAGUAUCCCUGUAUGUUUUUUACUGAGUAGAGAUCAGAGUUAGUCAUUAAAUCAGGAGUAUGCUUGAAGGGAAAGGAAGGAGCAAAGAAGCAGAGAAAAGAAUCGGGUGAUAAACCACGACUUUCUGCUCUUUACUGCUGACCACCUUUCUGUGCAACUCUCCUGUCUUGCUGUAGUGCGUCAUAGUUUUAGGGAGCUUGAGUAAUCUUCCUCUCUGACUCAUUUUACCUAUAAUUUAAGGAUAAAAACUGCUAACCAGGGUGUGUGUGUGAAAAAAAAAUAGUUUAUUCAAUUUGCUUCCCUUUAUAGUCACUGCAAAACGAGGACGAAAACUCUUCAGGGAAGGCUUGUGUGGGUAACGAUAGAUGAUAAGACGUGAACUCUUGUUCAAUGAAAGUUAUAUGUGAGCAUGUACAUGCACAUGUAUGUAAAGACUUGUGCAUGCAGAGGACGUCUUCAGCAGCUACUGCUGUUCGUGUGAGAGCGUAUGUUUGAUUUUGGGCGUGUGUGCGAGCGAUUGGAGGAGGUGCAUGAAUGGCCAGAUCAUUCCUUGUCAUGACGCACACAGCAUUCCUACUUUGGUGAGAGUGACUACAGUAGGCUAAUGGUAUAGAAGUGCGUUUGGAUUCCUUUUAUCCAAAAUUUUAAAAGACAACUAUAUGUCUCAAAAUGGAGACAAGGACAAUGACAGAUCAUCUGAGCUUCUAACCGUGUUACUUUAAGGCCAGAUGACACUGUAGGAAAUGUAAAUCAUUCGCUAUAGUUUGUAUUUUAUGUGCACAAAAUAGAGUAGCUGUCACUUAUAAAGGGGGCAAUUGUAGCUGCUUGAAUAUGAAUAUGUAGCUGGCCACUGGGUUAGAAUGAAAGGCUGGUAGACCGUUGCACUUCCCAUUUUUCAUCUCAUUUUCCUUUGCAAAGAAAGAGGAAAACGAAAAAAACAAACAAAAAAAAGCAGUCAGCCUUCACCUUGUGUAGCUUUUACUACCUUGAUUGAAAGAGGAAAACAGUCUCCAGAAGGAGGAAAGUGACAGCAAGCAAAAGUAAAUACAUGGAUUCAGGGUACUGAGUAGAAGAAGCAAUUUAUGGGCACUUAACAGUUGGACAUUAAGUCAGAAACCCCACACAAGUGAUCUGGAGACUAAAUCACGUGUUCCUUUUCUCGUGUGAUGGCAAAUAAGUGGUGGUAAAAGGCUGAGGUGUGCAGCCAAAGUGGUGGCCAAAACUCCCCAGACGCCCUACUGGGGGCCUUUUUAUGUUGUGUAUUGUUAUCUGUCUGUUUUGUUGAACUAUGUUGUUGCUGUUGUUUAUGUUGUUUAGCCCCCUCACCAGGAGGAGGUGGCUAAAGACAAGGAGCGGGAGUAAAGUUAAAUAUAAAAAAAAAAUAAGAUGAAUGUAAAUUUAGUCCUAAGGUUAAUGAAGUACAGCUGCAUUAAUGGUAGAGUCAGUUUCAGUUCAUUUUCUUUGUUUCUGUUGAUACAAAUAACCUGUUAAAGAACCGUAUAACGUCUGGUAUGCAUAUAUACAGUAGUCCUAGAAACAUGUCAGUAAACUUGGGUUCUGUAUCCACACAGCAUGAGCAGCAUUUGCUUCCUUACCGUUUAUAUCCUCAGCAAAUCUGGCACUGUGCGCACAGCUUUUGUUUUUGUUUCCGUUUUUCUUCCAAAUAUUUCCUACACUUUUCAUCUUCCAUAUCUCUUAUUAAUAUUUUUUAUAAUAAUCAUAGUUUUGGGAAAGUUCCACAGAACCAGCCGCUACAUUUAAAUCUCACAGCUGCUACUUAGGACCUGUAUUAUUCUCUCUCUUCCCUGAAGCAUACACUUAGCACACGGUACCUCUGAACAGAGUACAUAGAUUAUACUUCAGUGUGUGUGUGUGCGUGUGUGUGUGUUUGUAUGUAGCUGACGGUAUUCGGAUCAGACAGGAGUGUUUAGAACACCAGAGUGACCAACUGAAGGGGGCACACAAGCAUCCCCUUGGGUGUGGUUACAAGCCUUUGUAUGUGUGUGUGUGUGUGUGUGUGUGUAUGAAUGAGUGAGUGUGUAAAAUGGAAAACCAAACUAUUUCUGCCUGAGAAGCAUAUCCCUUGGCAGUAUAUGGGCCAAGUGUUGUUAUUUUGUUGUUCGACACUUUUUUUUCUUCUGUGGGUUAGUGACAGUGUAAAAAAUUAAAGCCUUGCUGUCUCCAAUAUACUAUGUGAAGUCAUUCCUGUUAGAUGGAUAUGUUUGUGGUUUUUGGACCAUUUCUUAUGCCAUAGUCUGCCAUCAUCACACAGACCAAGAGCAUGCAAAUCGCCGUAUUUCUAUUGACUGGACUGGAAUCUGGUGGUAAUAUACAACUAUUUACUGUAUGUUUUCUGUUCAAAUGAAUGUGCCUCUGCUUUGAUAUUCCAAUAUAUAUCAAGUGUAAGACAUGGAUCUGCCAGAUUUCAAUUACUAAGGUGCCUUGUUAUGGCAAAAGAAAUGUGAAUAGCAACUGAAGGUUUUGGAGAUGAUCUCAUGGCUUUGUUUGCGAUGAUGCUGUUCAUAGACAUAGGGGCGUGGCUAAAACUGUUUUGGUAUCGUGUACAUGUCUAGGGUAAAUACUGUGCCAUAUACAGCCCUUAAAAUAAGUUAAUGUUAUUUUUCAAAGAUGUUUCAAUGUUGCCUGAUGACUUUGUCUUUAGAUUUGAUACAAAGGCUUGUAGCCACGGCCCUCUCCCCCUGAAGUCUGUCAUCUCCUUUUCCUCUCUCCUUUCCAUCUACUUUGUUUCUCUUUGCUGCAAUCAAACAAAAAUAAAGUAUUAACCUGAUGACCCAAUGCAAUUA